UCAGCGUGCAGCAGCCCAGCCUUGUGCAGCUUGUGCGCAUGUUUGGAUGGUGUAUCGCCGCGGUGCAGGUCAUCAUUAUUACAUGGUUCAUGUCCAACUGGAAGAAGCCAGGAUUUGAAAAAAAAUAACAUCGUUUAGAUCGGAGAUAUCGACAAAUCAGGUGCCAUCAUGAGCAAAGUGCAGGGUGGGAUGAAAUGCGUGAAAUAUCUGCUUUUCGUUUUCAACUUCAUCUUCUGGCUGUCGGGCCUGUUGGUGCUGGCCGUGGGACUUUGGCUCAGGUUUGACCCAGAAACAGUGGAGCUACUGACAGGCGAUGGCGCCCCUGACACCUUCUUCAUUGCUGUGUACAUCCUUCUUGGUGCAGGAGCGUUGAUGAUGAUCGUUGGGUUCUUUGGUUGUUUUGGGGCGGUUCGCGAGUCGCAGUGUCUUCUUGCAUCGUUCUUUGCCUGCCUUCUGAUAAUCUUUGGAGCAGAGAUUGCCGCUGGUGUGUUUGGAUUCAUAAACAAGGAACAGAUCGUUGAGGAAGUCCAAAAGUUUUACAGUAGCUCCAUCUCUGACCUCUCCAAUUCCAACGCCACUGCGAUUGCACUCAUUUACCACAAAACUCUGAACUGCUGCGGAGGCUCCACAUCAGAAGCGUCUAACACACUUUGUGCAGACGUUCCAGAAGACACCCAGGACUGUCUCACUGCAAUAACCAACUUCUUAAAUGAAAAGCUUCAUAUUAUUGGAUACAUUGGGAUUGGUGUCGCAGGAGUAAUGAUCAUAGGAAUGAUCUUCAGUAUGGUUCUGUGUUGUGCCAUCAGGAACAACAGAGAGGUUAUAUAGAUGGUGAGUUGACCACCCCCCACUCACCCCUUCCUCCUCCCUCCUCCCUCCUCCCUCACCCCCACCAGCCAGGGCAAAACACGUCCUCUGACCCCCUUCAUAAUCACCCGCAUAAGAAGGGAAACACCAAAGUUACAUUCCGGUGUCAUUUCUCGUAGUCCAGGGUGAUCUGGUGUGGAGGUUCACUGAAUAGCACAAACAGAGAGAGUACACUACGUCCCAGUUGUCCACAAGCCAAUUUCAACACGAUACGCUGGAUCGUCGUCUUCACACCUUCUCCUCAACUCCACCAGCACUGAACAUUUAUUUCCUCCGUUCUUUUCCAUAACACAUGCUCCGCUUUUGGCACAACUCUGUGACAUUCCUCGGUUUUAACAUGUUUUUGUUUCAUUGCUGGCGCUCCAGAGGUGCUGCACUGUAGCUGCAACAUGAAGCCUUCUUUGACACGGGAAUGUUGUUGAGUAUUGCUGUAAAUAUGGACCCCUGUCUUAUGCAUCUGCUGUUAACAUUAUUUAUCGUGCCCCUUCUAGCCCUUUUUGUGUAAUUUAUAGGCCUUAUGCCAAUCAUACUUUGUGUGCUUGAAUGUUUUGAGGACUAGUCUACCUUUGCAAAGUAAAUUUCCAGGAUGUGCCUAUAUUUAGUCACACAGACAAGCCUCCAGCUGCUGUGCUACUUAUCCAUUCCUUGUGAUUUGAAUAUGUACAUAAUGACUGUGCUAGCUCCCAGCCAACACUCUCAAGUAUUUCUACUGUAAAGCACAAUAGAGGAAGUGUAGACGUGAUAUCAACCCAAAGGGUUACCAAAGGUCUGAUGAUAAACUGCCACUCUGUGAAUCUCCAAAUUCAUUUAAAAGGUCAUGAGUAACAAUACGUCUUGGGCUCUUCUAGAGCGUGUGUGAACUGUAACAGUGAGCUAGUUUUUGCAUUUUGUGUGAAUUAUUUUGGAUGUAAAUUUUGUUGGUGUGCCAAUAAGAUGUGAAUUAUAGAAUAAUAUAGUUUCUGUCAUACUGUUAACCAUAAUAAAAAAAAACAAUACUGGGUGCUUUUA